AUGACACCACACAUUAUUUUUUGGCUUUUCAUUAUACCAAUCAGCUUAAUAAAUUCCAGCACUAACUAUUUUGUGGUGAAUGGCCACUGUCUCCGCCAUCAGCAUUCCUUGUUGCUCCAUUUGAAAAACAACCUCAUAUUCAACCACACGAAAUCCUCGAAGCUAGUUCAUUGGAACCAAAAUGAUGAAGAUUGUUGCUAUUGGCACGGGGUAACAUGCAAAGAUGGACAUGUUUCAGCCCUUGAUCUUAGUCAUGAGUCUAUCUCAGGAGGACUUAAUCAUUCAACUGCUCUUUUCAAACUGCAUUAUCUCGAGAGUCUCAAUUUGGCUUUCAAUAGCUUCCAUUCUGUGAUUCCUUCAGAACUGCAUAAGCUGCAGAAUUUGAGGUAUCUAAACUUGUCAAAUGCUGGCUUUGAAGGACAGGUCCCAAAAGAAAUUUCUCACCUCACAAGGUUGGUUAUGCUCGAUUUGUCUUCUUCAGUUACUUCAAAUCACAGCUUAAAACUUGAGAAUCCAAAUAUAGAGAUGUUGGUGGAAAACCUCACAGAUAUCACAGAAUUGUAUCUAGAUGGUGUAACAAUAUCAGCCAGCGGAGAGGAAUGGGGCCGUGCUUUAUCUUCACUGGAAAGGCUUCAUGUUUUGAGCAUGUCAUCGUGCAAUCUCUCCGGACCUAUUGAAUUUUCACUAGCUAAGCUUCAGUCACUCUCAGUUCUAAAAUUGAGCAACAACAAUUUUUCAAGCAUAGUGCCAGAUUUCUUUACAAAUUUCUCCAAUUUAACCAUCCUACAUCUCAGUAGUUGUGGUUUGAAUGGUUUUUUCCCAAAUGAUAUCUUCAAAAUACACACAUUAGAGGUCAUUGACAUAUCAGACAACCAAAAUCUUAAUGGUUCUUUGCCAGAUUUUCCACCACUUGCAUCUCUUCACUACAUGAAUCUUGCCAAUACAAAUUUCUCAGGACCAAUUCCAAAUACCAUCUCAAAUCUAAAGAAGUUAUCAACCAUUGAUCUAUCUUACUGUCAAUUCAACGGAGCACUUCCGAGUUCAAUGUCAGAACUCACCCAACUUUUUCAUCUAGACAUGUCCUCGAAUAAUCUCACAGGUCCACUCCCUUCUUUCAACAAAUCCAAAAACCUCACAUAUCUAUCACUAUUUCACAAUCAUUUGAGCGGAGAUUUACCAUCCAGCCAUUUUGAGGGCCUUCUGAAUCUUGUUAGCAUUGAUUUAGGAUUCAAUUCUUUCAAUGGAAACAUCCCCUCGUCUCUACUUAAGCUCCCAUGUUUGCGAGAAAUAAAACUUCCAUUUAAUCAACUCGAUGGUCACUUGGGUGAAUUGGAUAGUGCAUCCACUCCGGUAUUGGAGAUGCUUGAUUUGGAUAGCAAUAACUUACAAGGACAUAUUCCUGCCUCUGUGUUUAACCUUAGAUCACUUCGUGUCAUUCAACUUUCUGCCAACAAGUUUAAUGGCACAAUACACUUGGACGUCAUUCGUAAGCUAAAUAACUUAUCUACAAUAGGUCUCUCACAUAACAAUCUAACCGUUGAUGACAACUUCAGAGAAGAUCAUGAUUUGUCACCCUUCCCAGAGAUAAGAGUUGUUAUGUUGGCUUCAUGUAAGUUAAAGAGGUUUCCAAGUUUUUUGAAAAAUCGGUCCACAUUACUGACUCUUGACUUAUCUCGCAACGAGAUUCAAGGACAGAUACCUACUUGGAUUUGGCAACUUGAAUCUCUCAUUACCUUGAGUCUUUCCAAGAAUUCUCUCACUAACUUUGAAGAAAGUAUUUGGAACUUAAAUUCAAACCUUUAUGAGGUUGAUCUUAGUUUUAACCAACUGCAAGGGCCUGUUUCUUGCAUUCCAAAGUACGUAACGUAUUUGGACUACUCAAGCAACAGGUUAAGCUCUAUCAUACCGUCGGACAUUGGAAACUAUCUCCCCUUCAUACAAAUAUUGUUUCUUUCAAAUAACAGUUUUACAGGAGAAAUCCAUGAAUCCUUUUGCAAUUCUUCAACUCUUCGUUUGCUAGAUCUUUCCUACAACAAAUUUGAUGGGACAAUUCCCAAGUGUUUUGCAAAACUGAGUAGCAGCCUGAGGAUGUUGAAUUUUGGAGUGAACAAGCUCCGAGGACAUAUCCCUGAUACUAUAUUCAGAAACUCAUGUGCACUAAGAUAUUUGGACCUAAAUGAUAAUCUCUUGGAAGGCACCAUACCUAGAUCUUUGGUCAAUUGCACAAAACUACAAGUCCUAAACCUUGGAAAUAAUGCUUUAAUUGACAGAUUUCCAUGUUUCUUGAGCAACAUUUCCACCCUUAGGAUCAUGGUUUUAAGGUCUAAUAAGCUCCAUGGGUCUAUCAGGUGCCCAAAUAGCAAUGGUGUCUGGGAGAUGCUUCAUAUUGUCGAUCUAGCAUCCAAUAAAUUUAGUGGAAUGAUAUCAGGAACACUGUUAAGCAAUUGGAAGGCAAUGAUGCGUGAUGAAGGCAUACUUGGGCCAGAAUCUGGCCAUUUGUUUUUUGAAAUCACGGAUGACUAUGCUCCUAUGAGUCUGAAGGCCGUGUUACCACAUUUUAGCAAAUAUCUCCAAGCAAGAUUGGUUAAACUUGUAGCAAACAUGUCUCGCUCUAUCCUUGACCAAGGGUUCGUUGAUUCUAAUACAGUGGAUCUUCAACACGAAGGAAAGAGGUAUAGAGUUUUGAGAUGGAGGUACUGA